AUGCACUGCGUAGCGUUCGGGUGUCUGGUGCUAUUGAGCGUUUGGUGUUGCCAUGCACGGGGGCACGGCACUGCCGCGGCCAUCGACGAUCCAGGGGGACUUCUCGCGGCGGCCACGCGGCCACAGCCAUCGUCCGAGCUGAUGAUGGUGGCGCCGGCACCGCCGCUGGCAGUGUCCGCGUCCACCGUUGGCCUUGACGCGGUGGGAGCCGCGUCGUCGUUGGCUUUGGCCAGUGCCCCGGCCGCAGACCUGGACACGGCUGCGUCCAAGAAGAAAAAGAAGAAGAAAUCGAAAAAGUUCAAAAAAGGCGGCGGUUCUAGCCACAAAGAAGACCACUUUAACAAGAAGGGCAAAAAGGCUGAUAAGGGAUACAAGUCGAAACACUCGAAUCACCAUGGCAAGAAGGGCCACCACAAGAAGGAGGACAAGAAGAAACAUUUUGCGGAGCACGGUGGCCACAAGAAGAAGCACCACGACGAAGGUGGCUAUUACCAUGACCACCACAAGGGCGAGAAGGGUGAAAAGGGCCACAAGUUCGAAGACAAGGGCGCGUACAAGAAGGGGCACAGCACCAAGGGAAAACACGAGGUACACAAGUUGGACGAGUUCAAGAAGAACAAGAAGUUCUACGACGAGCACCAUGACUCGGGACACCACAAGAAGCACGGCGGCUACGAACACAAGCACGGACACAAGGAGGGCAAGAAAUACAAGAAGGGCCACAAGCACGCCGGACACCAUCACGACCACAAGGGCAAGAAGGGCAAACACCAUCACGGCAAGCACCACAAAGAACACAAGGGUCACAAGAAGGCGGCGGGACACGACGAGAAGUACGGGCACAAGAAGGACUACGCGAAGAAGGGCGGUCAUGACGAGCACAAGAAAUGGAAGUUUAGCAAAAAACAAUAA